AUUAGAAUCCACCUUUAAUUCUUAGAUAAAUCACACAGCUCAGAUUACCAGUGCGGUCACUCAGGGCUCUGCUGCACAUGCCUUAAAAACUUGGUGCUUACGUCACUUCCUGCGUUUGGCGCGUCGCUAGUUUGCGGAAGCAAGAGAUAGAGGAACAGUAAUGAGUAACGAAGAUAGCAACCCUGCAGCCACCCCCACCCCCUGUACUGACAUACAUGGUGAUGGACGAUGGAUGUCACUGCACAAUCGAUUUGUGUCAGACAGUAAAGGGAAGGAACCAGAUGUGCUCUUUGUUGGAGACUCACUUAUCCAACUGAUGCAUGAGUUUGAGGUGUGGAGAAAGUUGUUCUCCCCACUCCAUUCUCUAAAUUUUGGGAUUGGUGGAGAUGCAACACAGCAUGUCCUAUGGAGGCUUGUUAAUGGAGAACUGGACCACAUCUGCCCCAAGGUGGUUGUGUUGUGGGUGGGAACUAAUAAUCAUGGCCACACCCCCGAGCAGAUCUGUGGAGGAAUCAUGGCAAUUGUUAACGUUGUCCAUGAGCAAUUGCCUCAAACUCAUGUUCUUGUACUGGGUGUUUUGCCGAGAGGGAAGAGCCCAAACCCACUGCGGGAACGUAAUGCGCAAGUGAAUGCCCUGGUGCAGGCUGAAUUGGCAUCUCUCUCCUAUGGUUCCUUUCUGGACGUCGAUCCUGGAUUCAUCCAAACCGAUGACUCCAUCUCACACCAAGACCUAUAUGACUAUCUCCAUCUCACAGCACAGGCCUAUCAAAAAGUGUGUCAGCCGAUACACACACAGAUUAAAGCUCUGCUAGAAAUGCAUGCACCCUGAGUGCAUAAAAACAAAUGAAGCUUCAUACACUAUUGUAUACGUGUAUCCUACACACAGAAACAACAUCAACAACAAAAAAAACAUAAUACUGUUACAGACAAAUAUGUCACAAAUUACACUAGAUAUAGUACACUAAUAAGACCUGUACAAACUGUUUUACACAGACCACUCCAUGCCAUUUCAUUAAUUGGUUUAUCAGUUAAUGCAUUACACAACUAAUCAUUGUAUUCAUUAUUAGGGUCACGCUUAAACUACCAUGACAAAAGCAGCCAAUUUAUUUUUGUUCUACCCAAGCAAAAUUAUUUUUAAGGAAACAAUAUUAGUUAAGGUAUUUGGGAAAUUUAUAAACACGGCAGAGUUAACAAGAAGCAGUGGUUUGUGGUUUAGCCAAGUAAGAUUUAAGUAAAAGCUUCAUGAAUAAAUAACUUUUCAGUUUAGGAGCUUAGAAAAUAGGUAAAUAGAUUGGAGAAGCGUUGACGAGGCAGAGGUUUUAAAUACACAUAAAUUGAACUUUUUUUUUCUUAAAGCACUUAUGAUGUUCUAUAUUUUUUGUAUAAUGUUUAUGUCUUUAAUUCAUAGAAAGCUUCAGUUAGUAUCUGUGUCCUGGCUGUAUGACCCUGUAAAUAUAAUCUUUUCUUUACUUCAAAGUUUGCCUUAAUAAAACAUCAAAUUGGCAUAUAUACAUACUCUCUUGACACAAGACAGUACAGUUCUCCAGCUCCUGUCUAUGAGGACAACUGCAUUAUCUCUAUUUUAUUGUUGUUUUUUUUAGCUCCAACAGAACUGCCACAACUAUAGAAAAGUCUAAUUAAUUUCAUAAGAUAGAUCAAAUGCAUAAUAGUAAUGAAAAUGUUAAACACUAUACUGUGACCUGUAAAUAUUGCAUUUCACUUGAUGAGAAUGUAGUGCGAUCCAGAUUUUUCUCUACAUCCUGUCUUGUGUUGUUAAUACAGAGGCCUUCGGUUACUUUUCAAGCCUGUUGGCAUGUGAUAAAGCUCUCAAGCGCUUCCAUCGAUAAUUGAGGGCCAAAUCUUUGACUAAACACUGCAAUAUGUAAAUGUAUUGUUUUAAAAUGCUGGAAUAAAACCAAGGACCCAACCA